AUAUAUGGAAUAACUCAGAAUAUAGAAACUCAGAAAUUGAUGAUAAGGAAAAUCUGUACGAUUUUUUAGUAUUAAAUUUUAAGGAAUUCGAUUGGGAAAAUAAAUUAACGUGCCUUAUAGAUAUAUCAAAUGAUUUGGCUAAGAUUCAUGAAUCAGGAUAU